ACGAAACAAACACAUAUCUCAUCUUCAUCUUCAGAUCUCUUCCCCAACUUCAAAACCUCCCACAGUAAUGAUCUCGUGUGGGAUUUUUUCCCCCAAAACAGCCGAUUCCCUGUUACUUUAUAUAAUUAGAACUUAACCUAUUCAUAUUCACUACUUUUCCUCCUCAAACAAAAACAAAAGUGUGGGAAAAUUAGAGUGUGAGAGGGGAGGCCGCCAUUGCUGAAGAGAUCUCGACCUUGGGGAGAGAAAUAACAACUAUCUCUCUUUGUUUUUUGUUUCCUAUCAGCUGAUUUAUGUUUUGUUGUAUGUAUGCGUGUAAAAUCAGUAUUCCAGCCGACCCAGGCGACUCAAAGAUGUUGCUCACCAAGACGCUCAAGACCGCAAAUUGUCCACACAUGCUUUUUAAUGACAUACCUGGAACCGGCAAAACUACCACUGCCCUCGCCAUUGUUAAGCAGCACUAUAUAUUUGAUCUUUUUUUUUGUUUGUUUUAGUUUCUUUCUGGUAAUUUUCUUGUUAGCUAGUUUGACUGAUGAACAUUAGUAAAAGAAUGUCAUGAAAAAAUCCGCCCUAAAUUUAAUAAGAUCUGUUUGGGAAUUUUAGGUAUUGUUAAUUGUCAUUUAGUGCUGUUUAUUUGGUUUUACAGUCAGGAACUGUACAAAUGCAGGGUUCUUGAGCUGAAUGAUAGUGAUGAGUGUGGAAUCAAUGUAUACAAUAUCUAAAAUUAAGAAUUUUUUUUUUGCAGUUGCUGUUGGUUCUGGGCAUCAAGGGUAUACAACGUGUAACUCAAAUAUAGUUUACCUUCUUUUAUUACUUUCUGAGUGUUAAGAUUAUCAUCCUUGAUGAUGCAAAUUCAAUGACUGAAGAUGCACAGAAUGCCUUGUGUCAUACAAUGGAAACCUACUCUGAUACAGAUGGGAAAUACUAGCACAAAAAGUUCCCAAACCAAGAGUAAUGCGGGUAUACUCAAGCCACUUUUGGAAGAAAAUAUGAACACUAUAGUGUACUGCAUAUCUGCAAUCUUAACUUCGGACUCAGAGGCUCUCUUAACCUUAAUUAAGUUCCAUAUCACAAGGAGAUGUUCGUCCUACUAUCAUACUAUCACCUUUUUGCAGUUAAGGAAUAGGUUCAAAAGGUGCCAAGUUUUGCUAAGCUACAAAAGAACCCGGUUGCUGAAAAACGGGUUUAGAUUUUUUAGUUUCACAAUAGAUCCCGGUUUCUUAAUGAAAAACGGGUCUUAUAAAGUUUAUCCUUUUAAUUCCGGUUUUUGUAUUUUAGAACCUGGUUUUUUAAACAACCGGAUCUUAUGGUGUGCCUUCUCGCUCAUUUGUAAUAGCGAACGUAUAACCCGGUUCUUUACUAUAAACCGUGACAUACCAUGAUUUCCAAUAUAAAGCCCGGUUUUUGCAUUAUAUAACCCGGUUUUUUCAAAAACCGGGUCCUAUAUGGCGAGUCUUAUGUGCUGUUUUGUAGUAGUGACCGCAACCACUACCACAUAGAUGAAUGAAUGAAGACUUUCAAAGUUAGUUUA